CGCACAACAGCCCGCAGUCGCUCUUCCGAAGUUCCGGCAAUGGGGCCACGUUUCAGGCGUCUGCUCCUUUGUGCCUUGGUACUACUUGCUGUAGCGGAAAACUCAUGUGCGGAACAUUCUACUUCUGCGGAGAACAGAGCCACCAACACCACCAUAAUACCCUCACCAACCAACGAAGCUAAGCCCCCUGAGGAGCCUACAACAUGUACGAAAGAAAAGGAACAAGAAUGCGCCCGUAACGGCCAAGUUUGCGAUGACAAGGAAGGAAAAGUGAAGUGCAUAGCUAAGCCCCCUGAGGAGCCUACAACAUGUACGAAAGAAAAGGAACAAGAAUGCGCCCGUAACGGCCAAGUUUGCGAUGACAAGGAAGGAAAAGUGAAGUGCAUAGCUAAGCCCCAUGAGGAGCCUACUACAUGUACGAAAGAAAAGGAACAAGAAUGCGCCCGUAACGGCCAAGUUUGCGAUGACAAGGAAGGAAAAGUGAAGUGCAUAGCUAAGCCCCCUGAGGAGCCUACAACAUGUACGAAAGAAAAGGAACAAGAAUGCGCCCGUAACGGCCAAGUUUGCGAUGACAAGGAAGGAAAAGUGAAGUGCAUAGCUAAGCCCCCUGAAGAGCCUACUACAUGUACGAAAGAAAAGGAACAAGAAUGCGCCCGUAACGGCGAAGUUUGCGAUGACACGGAAGGAAAAGUGAAGUGCAUAGCUAAGCCCCCUGAAGAGCCUACUACAUGUACGAAAGAAAAGGGACAAGAAUGCGCCCGUAACGGCGAAGUUUGCGAUGACACGGAAGGAAAAGUGAAGUGCAUAGCUAAGCCGCCUGCAAAGCCUACUACUUGUACGGAGGAAAAAAAACAAGAAUGCGACCGUCAGGGAAAAGUGUGCGAUGACGCGGAAAGAGAAGUGAAGUGCAUAGAUACCUGCCCACAAGAAAAGGUGACAGAAUGCGAGAAAAUUCCAUACAAGAAGUGCAGAAUUCAUAAAGGAAAAUUUGAAUGUGUCUGCCAGCAAGGACUGAAAGAAACCGACGAUGGCCAGUGCAAGAUUGGCAGGAAGGUGACCAUUCGAUUCAAGAUUCCCAAUUCUAAUUCACGCCCUAAAAGAGAAACUGUCAACAACAGUACUAAGCCUUGCAACAUGGACGAAGCGGAACUUGUUAAGAUGCUGAAGGAGAACGUGCCUAACGUUGACGAAAGUACUAUCGUGUGCAAUGGUGAAGAAGUUUCAUUUGAUGUUUUUGUUCAAAACAAUGAAGAGGAAGCCAACGUUACAGAUACCUUUGCGAAAUGCGGCCAACCUGGCAUACCUGAAUGCAAGCUCGGCGAUGUGACCUUCGAAAGUGGAGAAGUCAACCCUGCAAAUCAAUGCAAAGACUUGGAGGCUAUUGCCAAGGACUUCGGCAUGGAAUGCAAAUAUAACGAAAGCCAUGGUACCACAUUUUCCUGUGAUAAUGCCAUAACCCAGGCCAUAGGAUCAGCAACACUAGACGGGAUGCCUUUCGAGGUUUGCAAGCCACGGCCAUGCAACGAGACCUGCCAAGGAGAUGAACGAAAACAUUGCGUUCUCGAAUCCUGUGUCUGCAAACCACAGUACAAGUAUGACCUGGAAUCUAGACAGUGCAAAAAUAUAUGCGAGGCCAUCCCGAAUCUCUGCCAUCGAGAAGCAGAGUGUGUACCCGGUGUAAACUACCAAAACUUCUACUGCCGGUGCCCUCCUAAGCGAACUGGUCCACAGUGCCAACGUGAGAACAAGCCUUUGCAAUCUGCCCAGCUGAACAUUGUCAUCGUUGGUGUUGUCCUUUCAUCCCUGUUACUGAUGUGCUUCGUCGUCUCUGCAAGCAUCAUAUCCAGGUUGAAGAAGAAACUUGAAGGCCCCAACUUCAAGAAAGAUCCUGAACGAAAUCCACAGCGAGAGCUUCGUGGCUACGACGGCCCGUACAGGGCUUCGGAUCCAGCCUCCUUACACCGAGAGAGGGACUACACGUCGCUAUGAGAGCGCUCACUUAAUGUUUUUUUUUUUUCCUCUGCAAGCCUUUUUUUCAACAUCUUUCAUCACGACGAUCGACUAUGUGCUGCUCAUUUGUGCCCGAAGCGUGCUGCCAGAACUUGGCUGUUUUCAUACCACUAAAGACCAACAUGAGCUGCAUGGCUAAGCCAUUGUGAUACAAGCCUUGAAAGACAUCACGAACUAUCGAAAUGAGCUACAUGGCUAAGCCAUAUUCAACAAGCGUAAGAACCACGAAUGUCAAAACUAGCACCAAUCAAUGAUGGGCAACUAUUUUUUUUUCUGAGCAGAAUCAUCGAUUGUACCAUUGGACGUUGUAUUUUUGUUAUUAUUUGAAGGAUGUGUAUGUCGCAUAAGAAAAAAAAUAAAGGUGAUCCAUUAUUUAUGACACCGUA